UGGGACUUUCACCGGCGGCAAAUCCGGUAAACUAGCUUCGAUCUUCAUGCUGCCGGUCGGCUGCUCGCGCCGGCUGGUGGCCGAGUUGCAGAAUGCCCUGGACACCUGUGCCGAGCGACAGCGGGAGCUGGAGAGAAGCCUCCGAGUCACCCGGCGGCUGCUACGGACCUGGGAACCAGCGGAGACCCCGGCUCCAGAGCCAACGCCAGGUCCAGAAACUAAUGAAGAGGCCCCGUCUCCAGCAUGCACACCCAGCCCCCAAGAUCUCAAGGAGUUGGAGCUUCUAACCCAGGCACUGAAGAAGGCUGCACACGUGCGAAAAGGCAUGUCUAAGGCUGGAGAAAGAGGCAAGACCUCCAGCCUGAAGUCUGGGUCCAUUGCCACUUCUACUGCUACCAUAGCCUCUGCCCCACCCCAGGCUUCUCAAACAAAAUCCCCCAGGGGCAUCCGCCAGACCACCAUUCCUGCCAAGGGCUUCCCUACACGUAGGCUUCUGUCAGCGAGGGAUCAGACCUGCAUAGGGAGAGGACCCCAAGCUGCCAAGCCUGGACCAGGCCUCAGGGACCAACAAAUAGUUCCAUCGGCUGCUCCUCAGGCCCCAGAAGCUUUCACACUCAAGGAGAAAGGGACCCUGCUGCAGCUGCCCAUGGCCUUCAGGAAGGUGGCUUCUCAGAACUCCCGCCUGUGGACCCAGCUCAACUCUUCACAGGCCAGCAACUCCAUGGGUUCCACUACGUCCUCUAAAACCCAGUUCCUCCAGAAAAUGCAGAUGACUUCAGGCUGCCCCAGCUCCAGGUUCAGUGCUGCAGAUGUGGAGGCAGAGGUGGGGUGCCUACAGAAGGCCUGCUUGCUGCUAAGACUGAGAAUGGGGGAAGAGCUCACAACAGAUCCCACAGACUGGAUGCAGGAAUAUCGCUGCCUGCUCACCUUGGAGGGUCUACAGGCCAUUGUGGGGCAGUGUCUCCACAGGCUGCAGGAGCUGCAAGGAGAAGUGGUGGAACAGCAGCUGGGGCCCUGGCCUAACGGAAGACUCCCCAGGGCCUCAUUGCUCUGUGGAAGAGAAGCAGAUCCCAUCUGGAGCUCCCAGCCGCUUUUCUACUCCAGCACCCGGGAGCUGCAGACCCUAGCAGCCCUCAGGCUUCGGGUGGGCAUGCUGGACCAACAGAUCCACCUGGAAAAGGUCCUGAUGGCAGAACUCCUCCCUUUAGUGAGCAUGCAGGAGCCACUGGGACCACACUGGCUGGCGCUUUGCCGAGCUGUGCAUAGCCUUCUCUGCGAGGGAGGCCAGCGUUUCCUCACCAUCCUGCGAGAUGAACCUGCUGACUGAACCCUUCAUGUGGCUGGGCAAGCUGGUUCUGUGUCUGUUGGGGAGAGCACCCCUUCCCUGGUCAGAAUUAAAUGAACAGGAAUUGAGGGGAUUUUCACUGGUAGAGUGGCAGGAUUUUCACUGGUAGAGUGGCCUGGGCCAAGAUGCCUGUACUCCCCUGGGAAACCAGGUUUCUAAGGGGCAGGAAUGGCCCUCUGUCUCUUCCUGAGGAACUAGGUCCCUUCUCACAGCUAAACCUGGUCAGGGCUCAGCUGGGCCCUCCAUAGGCUUGGGGAGACAAGAGGCCUAUGGGGGGCUUUUCUUAACUACCUCUUUUUUCUCUCACUUUAGACUUAGAAGCUGCUUGUGUGACAUUAAAACUACUUUAGAAAGUAUAUAUAUAUUUACAUUGUACCAAGG